UACAAGAAAUUACGAGAAUAUCUCUCAUAUUUGCCCAUGGUUGGAACGAUGGAUGGAAGAUGUUAGAUUUCUUUUUUUCAAAAAAAAAAAGAUGUUAGAUUUCUAGUUAUCUAAAAUAAUUUUUUCAAAAAUUGAAACUCUUUUUAAAUAUAAACUCCCCAAAAUAGGUAUUUUUUCUAAAAUGAAAAAAUUUCCAUAAAUGGAACAAGUCUUGAAAUGACUUUUUUAGAAAAUAGAUAUAUUACAAUGGUACCGUUAAGAAGUUUUUUUUUUUUUUUUUUUACCGUUAAGAAGUUUUCCAUAAUAGAAUAAAGGUUUCUUAAUUAGAAAAAUAGAUAUAGGGUUUCCAAAUUCAAAACAUAUUAGAGACAAAAACUAAAACCGUCAUGAUUUCUAAAUACCUCGGUUUAUCGAUCAUGAAGAUGAUUUCAAAAUAUAAGAGCGAGAUAUUUUUAUUGAUCACAUUCUGGAUUCUUCCGCACCUAUAAAAAAUCUCAGUUAAAGUUUACUGUUUGUGAAUCCAAUCUCAGAAAUGAGUUUGGAAGAUACAACCAUAAUUCUUAAACCAUAAUUUCAAAUGAUUCUCCCCUUUCGGGUAUAGCUAGAUCUACGAAUUGCCUUGAAAGUUAAGUUUCAAAAUUUUCUGUUUGAAUCAGCCAUUUUUCUCUUCUCCUAAAACGUCUCUAGUGGACUUUAUUCUCGGUUUUAAUCUGUUUAAAUAAAAAAAUAGGAUUUCUUCCAAUGGAGAUGAAUUUUAAUUACUAUACCGAGAUUAAUGAGUCGUUACAAGAAUCUUGUUAAACAAAUUUACAAAUUGGUAUAUUGUAUGAUAAAAUAUCCUUUCUCUUGAACAUGAUACACCUCUGGUUAUUGUUUAUUUCCUUGCUGUCCACUGUCCAAAAUAAAAACUUUUAAAACGAAAAUACAGAGAACGAAAAGUACAACGGAAACUCAUAGGAAGUGAGGGAACACAACAAAGGAAAUGAUACUUCCGAACAAUAAAGAUUAUGAGCAUUAAAUUAAAAAUAAAUGUGUGCGUGCGUGUGGGUCAAAAUUAAUAAAUAUUACGUACGUGUGUGUUUUAGUCAAAAGAAUCAACACCGUCACUCACUAUAGCUAAUAAUGUCGGAGCAAUGUCUCCUUGUAGACUAUCCUCUGCAUUAUAUAUACACCCAUUCUUAGUGCUUGUUCCUCAUCAGGGCUCACAUUUUAUAUAUAUCAAAACUUUCACUCUAAUAAUUCUCUCUCCCUCUCUCUCUGCUACAACUUACAAGUAUAAGUACUUGUCCUUCUUACAUAUAUAUUGAUCACCGAUUUAUAACAUCUAAGAAUGUUGUCAAGCAAAGUUAUCAACGAAUCUCACGGACAAGACUCAUCCUACUUUCUUGGAUGGCAAGAAUACGAGAAGAAUCCUUUCCACGAAACACUUAACCCUAGUGGGAUCGUUCAAAUGGGUCUUGCUGAAAACCAGCUUUCAUUCGACCUAAUUGAGUCGUGGCUUGACGAUCACCCCGAAGUCUUGGGUUUGAAGAAAAACGAAGAGUCAGUUUUUAAACAUUUAGCUCUGUUCCAAGAUUACCAUGGCUUGCCGGCUUUCAAAGAUGCCAUGGCUAAAUUCAUGGAAAAAAUCAGAGGGAGCAAAGUGAAAUUCAAUACAAACAAGAUGGUGCUCACAGCUGGCUCAACCUCGGCUAACGAGACUCUAAUGUUCUGCCUCGCUAAUCCAGGAGAUGCCUUUCUUAUCCCUGCACCUUAUUAUCCAGGGUUUGAUAGAGAUCUCAAGUGGCGGACAGGAGUAGAGAUUGUUCCGAUCAAUUGUGUAAGCUCAAAUGGGUACAAGAUAACAAAGGAAGCGUUGGAAGACGCGUACGAACGAGCUCACAAACUAAACCUAAAUGUUAAAGGAGUUCUCAUAACGAAUCCUUCAAACCCUCUUGGAACUUCCACCACCCGUGGCGAGCUUGAUCUUCUUCUCACCUUCACAUCCGCCAAGAAAAUCCAUAUGGUGAGCGAUGAGAUCUACUCGGGGACGGUGUUUGACUCUCCUGAGUUCACCAGCGUUCUAGAAGUGGCCAAGGAUAAGAACAUGGAUUUGGAUGAAAAAAUUCAUGUUGUUUACAGUUUGUCUAAGGAUCUAGGCCUCCCUGGAUUUCGCGUAGGCUUGAUUUACUCAAACAAUGAGAAAGUGGUGUCAGCGGCGACCAAAAUGUCCAGUUUUGGACUCAUUUCUUCCCAAACUCAGCAUCUGCUAGCCAACUUGCUGUCUGACGAAAGAUUCACGACCAAGUACUUGGAGGUGAACAGGAAGAGGCUGAGAGAGAGAAGAGACAGGUUGGUUUCGGGUUUGAAGAAAGCCGGGAUCGGUUGUUUGAAGAGCAACGGGGGUUUGUUCUGUUGGGUUGAUUUAAGACACCUCUUGAAAUCCAACACGUUCGAGGCCGAACACUCUUUAUGGACAAAGAUUGUAUGUGAAGUUGGUCUAAACAUCUCCCCAGGCUCAUCUUGUCACUCCGAUGAGCCUGGUUGGUUCAGAGUUUGUUUUGCCAAUAUGUCAGACCAAACACUCGAGGUUGCUAUGGACCGUGUACACGGUUUUGUAGAGGCCAUGGUGAUGAAUACUAAUCAUGGUAAACAAAAGAGAACAAUGUGGGAUUCAAGGAGAAGAUCUCUUAUCAACAAAUGGGUCUCCAAGCUAUCCUCUGUUCAAUGUGAAUCAGAACGUUGAUGGUUUUUUCUCCAAGAUUUCUCGAUUGCUUUCCAAAUUUUCUGUUUCUUUUUAAUAUGGUUUUUCACUCCAGAUCCGGCACAUGCCAUUGUGGAGUUUAGCGCUACAAAAUAAGAAAAAAGUACUGUUCUUUUUAUGCGAGGAUUGAAUGAAAAUCCUAUUUGUGUUUUGUU